AUUCUAAGUGGAUAUCAUUGGAAAUGUCGGAAAAUGAACAGCGACGUGCCAAGCUUUAUUUCUAUGAGAAAUCUGGAAUUCCAGGAAUAAUCAUGUGUGUUGAUGGAACACAUAUAAAAAUAAUCCCCCCUAAUCAGAAUCGAAAUUUAUUUUAUAAUCGAAAGGGGUUCUACAGUCUGAACGUUCUCAUUGUUUGUGACGAUCAGCAGAGGAUCCGUUUCGUUGAUCCUAGCUUUCACGGAUCUAAUCACGAUGCCCAUAUAUGGCGAAUAAGCCCUGUACGAACGUAUUUCGAGCAGAUGCAUCGAAACGGCGGAACACAAACUAAAAUACUGGGUGAUGCAGGCUACCCAUCGGAAUCAUGACUGGUAACGCCAUUCAGAGCUCCGGAAGAAGGCAGUUUGGAAAGCGAUUUCAACCAGAGGCAUGCUUUAGGUCGAGGCAUAGUCGAACGAACAAUCGGUGUUCUUAAAAAUCGUUUUAGAUGUUUACUUGGAGCGCGACAACUACAUUAUACUCCUACAAAAUGUGCUCAAAUU